AUGUGCAUGUUCUUAAGCCGAACAACCAAUAUUGACUACUCAUUUGGGCCUUGUUCACUACUUAAGGUUGUGGAGACACCAAGAGAGUUUCCCUUCAAAAUUGAAGAUAAACCAGGGGAGCAAACCAUAACAUUGACUAGACAAUACUGGGGUGAUGAUAUCAGAGUCAUUGUUCAUAUGUCUGCAGAUCGCUCUUCUACAAUCGAGAGAAGCGGUGAUGUGUUGGAUGAUCAGAAUCAUGACAAAUACAAGGAUAGUGUUGGUGAUCCACAGUCCAGCAUUCGCUUAGUUGUAACUGGUACGAAUUUUCUCGGGACUACUUUGGAGUACGGUGUCAUUGCUUAUCCAGAUGACUUCUCCAUAGACAGUUUCUGUAUCAAGUAUGCAAAUGCUCCGGAUGAAGAAAAUAUAUAUUACAGAGGACCUGACUAUGCGUAA